AUGGCAACUGCAUGCCCACCUUAUCCGGAUCCAGGAGAAACCAAACUUUGGAACAAUGACAAUAAACUUAGUUUGUUAUCAAACAAAUGGAAAGAUUCGAAGGAGUACAAGUUUCCACCCAGGAAUAUCGGAGGGAAAGAGCGGCGAUUCAACUCUAACUGGCUUGCUGACUAUCAUUUGCUACGAUACUCGCAGUCGCAAGAUUCUGUUUAUUGCGCUCCAUGCUUACUGUUUGGAAGUAGUAAAGACAGGGCCUUAUCUUCGUCUGCAGUGAGCGAUUGGAAGAAUUUAUCAACAUAUGUUAAGCGUCAUCAAGUUGAUGAAUUACAUCGUGCUAGUGUUGUUUUAGCCGAAAACUUUGUUGACGUUAUGGUUGGCAAAAAAGAAUCUAUCCUUUGUAAAAUAUCCUCUUCCAGCAAACAAAUAGUAGAAAAAAAAUGGCAUGUUCUGAAAGAAAUCAUAGAAGUUCUAAUAAUGUUAGGAAAACAGAAUAUUGCAAUACGUGGUCACAAGGAGGAGAAAAGUAAUUUCAUGGCGGUUUUACAAGGGUUGGCGAAAAAGGAUCCAGUUCUGUCAGACCAUUUAGCCAAUGCACCAUCCAAUGCAAAGUAUACUUCGCCUGAAAUACAAAAUGAACUUCUAAGUUUAUGCGGCGACCAAAUAUUGGACAUGCUAACAACUCAGUGCAAGAAUGCGGGUGUGUUUGCUAUUAUGGCAGAUGAAUCUUCUGACAUAUCCACGAAGGAACAGUUGUCAAUCUGCGUCCGCUACAUUGAAAAGAACGAACAUAACAGACACAAGCUGAGGGAGGAUUUCCUUGGAUUCAUCACCUGUAAAUCAAUAAAAGGACAGGCCAUCGCACAACUCACCUUAGAAAAUCUGCAACAUUGGGGUCUUGAUGUAUUGAAGUUAAGGGCACAAUGUUAUGACGGGGCAAGCAACAUGUCCGGAAAGGAUAAUGGCGUGCAAGCUUUAAUUUGA